AUGUCGAAGCUAGUGGCUGUAUUCGCCUUAUUUAUUAUAUCCCUUACCGGAAUAGAAUCGGCGAAGAUUCUAGCAUGGUUUCCAACACCAUCUAUCAGCCAUCAAGUGGUCUUUCGUCCCAUAAUCCACGAACUGGCAAGACGGGGCCACCAAGUGGUAUUGAUUACCCCAGAUCCAGUCCCAUUAGAUAAGAGUCUCUCAAAUUUAACUCAAAUAGACGUUCACGAUGUUUCAUAUGCACACUGGCAAGAAAUGCUCAUUGAUAACAGAGUGGACAAGCAGGAGCUCCUAGCACAAAUCAAAGGGUUCAUAGAAAGGUUCACAAUUGUGUUCGACAAACAGAGUGAAGUGCCAGAAGUGAAGAGGAUUAUAAAAGAAGAAAGAGACAGCUUUGAUUUGAUAAUCACUGAGGCGUGUGUACGCGUAACGGGGGCGUUGGGAUAUUAUUUCAAAAAACCGGUUGUCCUUAUAAGUUCCUUUGGGCUAGUGUCGUUACAGUACAGUGCUUAUGGCGCUCCAUUUCAACCAUUCUUGUUCCCAACGCCCGGUCGGCAAAGGCUGUAUAAUUUAUCGCUUGCUGAAAAAGCUUUAGAAAUUGUAAGCAUUCUAACUCUAGGGGCUAUAGUAUAUUCUACAGAAGAAUAUGAUUAUCAGAUAAUGAGAAAACAUUUUGGGGAAGAUGUGCCAAGUUUUGAUGAUCUGAGUGAUAAUGUGAAACUCCUGUUGUUGAAUGAGCAUCCACUUUGGGCGGAUAAUCAUCCAGUGGGACCUAAUAUUAAGUAUAUUGGAGGUGUUCAUCAGACACCGCAAAAUGAACUGCCCAAGGAUUUGAAGGAGUACCUAGAUUCAUCUACAAAUGGCGUAAUAUACAUAAGUUUCGGUACGAACGUGAAAACUUCUUUAUUGGCGCCAGAAGUUAUCGAUUCUAUGAUAAAAGUACUUUCUAGACUGCCUUACAACGUUCUGUGGAAAUGGGAUGAAGAGCUACCUAGUAAAUCGAUGAAUAUAAAAACUUCCAAGUGGUUCCCGCAAGCGGAUCUUUUGAGGCAUCCAAAUGUGAAGCUUUUUAUAACACAAGGUGGGCUUCAAUCAACAGACGAAGCUAUUUCAGCGGGUGUACCUGUAAUCGGCAUGCCGGUUCUUGGAGAUCAGUGGUACAAUGCUGAAAAAUAUGUACACCAUAAAAUAGGUCUACAGCUAGAUCUGUACACUUUGACAGAGGAAUCUUUCAGAAACGCUAUAGAGACUGUUAUUGGAGACCCAAGUUAUAAGAAGAAUAUGCUGAAACUGAGGGCGAUAAUGCGCGACGCACCUAUCAAACCGUUAGAUAACGCUAUCUGGUGGAUUGAACACGUCAUCAAACAUGGCGGCGAUCAUUUGAGACCACCAGCGAUGGGCCUAUCAUGGGCGGAGUAUUACGAAGUCAAUCUAUUGCUAUCAUUGUCUCUAAUAGUGCUCACUUUUAAUAUAACUUGUUUCCUUGUUCUAAGAUUUGUAUAUAGAUCAGUGAGACAUAUGUACUCCUUUAGUGUUAAAAUUAAAAAGAACUAA